AUGAAAUUUAAGGAUUAUUUAAAUUCUCUUGUUUCUCGACGUAAGAGUAAUCCAGCGACAUCGAAAUCUUAUCAUCAAUCAAUCAGUAAGAAGAAUUCUCACGAAUCCAACGCAUCAGCUGAUUGCCAUUACGAUAUUUGUGGGUAUGAAGAUAUAAGUGGAGUUGGCAAUGAUGAUCAACAUAGCCGUACACAAAUCUUACUUGCUCGGCAUGCUGAGUUAAUUAAUUCAAUUGUGGAAACACGAUCAUCACAAGAGAAUACAUUUUCUCCAUGUGCACAAUGUCGAAUAGUUCAACAAUCAUCGCCAAUCAUACCGCCGCCACCUCCUCUUCCACCGAAACUUUCCAUUGAGCCGCAAACACCAGUUACUAAUCGUAAUUAUUCGAGUACAUUAGCAACAAGUAAUCCACGCCGCGAAUGUCAACACCAUUCGAAACAAUACUAUCAACAGCAACAACCAUUUUCCUAUCAAAUACCUUUAACUUCAUCUCAAUAUUCCACGCCCAAUCCAAGUGUUAAUUCAUCGAGUAGUAGUUCAUUGUGGACAACAACCGCAAGUUUAUCGAAAAAACAACGUUCAAGAAUUCGAACCAAUCCAUGGAUUGGAACACCUACUAACAAUCGCACAUCCACUUUUAUCGAAUCAGCACACUUGUUCAAUCAACACGUAUUACCCGAUCCUUCUUCAUUACAACCUGAGUAUGGUAUUUAUGAUCCAACUUACCGUGGAUCACCUUCUGGCCUGACACACUCAGAAUCGUUUCCGCAGACGACAUCGUCUGCAAGUAUUCAUAUUAUUAAACCUCCUAGUCCUCCAUCUGUUGUUCCUCCUCUUUCAUCAAUACCCACACAGACGUCGAGCAUUGUUCUACAUCAAAGUGAUAGUGGACAUGGCUUUUCUCUCGCAAGCUCACGAGUUAUUAAUUCAUCAUCAUCAUCAUCACCACCAUCAUCAAGUUCAUCUUCGCCAGAUGAUACCAGCGCUGAUGGCAUCGUAACACAUGACAAGCCAUCGAAUCGACAAAAGAAACUCAAAAAGAAAACAUCAUCUAUAUCACCUUUACUGAGAAAGAAAAGUCCAAGACGUGCUUUAAAGACGGAGCAACAUUUUUAUUCCAAUACUAUAUCUUCCGAUAGUGGUAGUCUCACACGACGAACAAAAAUUCGUCAAAUACCGGGAUCAGUCGUUGCUCAUCAUCGUCAGCAACGAUCGGCAGGCGUAAUGAAAACAAAUUUAAAUAGAUCAUCAUUAGAACGUAAACAUCAAAAUCCACCAUCGCAAAGUUCAUCAUCACAAUCAGUCAAUGAUCAUUUCUCAUUGGAAUUUGAAGAAAUUCUCGAAAAUGAACGUUCUUGUCAACAACGAAAUGAAAGACUAUCACCCGCUCAAAGUCCAUUCAUACUUCCACUUGACGGAACUUUGACUAAAACAAAUUCACGGGCGAUAUUGAAACACAUUGAAGAAAUUGAAAACGAAAUACGAUUAAUUAAAAGUCUAGAUCUUACACAUGACAAUGAGGACGACGAUGAUGAUGAUGAUGAUGAUCAUGCUGAAGAAGAAUAUGUCUUCUCUCCCCAUGCUUACCCCGAAGAUGAUAAUAUUGAUUUAGAAAAUGAAAGUCAUCAUGAUACGGAAGAGACGGAAAUUAAAGAUGAUAGACAAUCUAUUUACGAUCAAGUUGAUCAGUGGGUAGAAAAAUGUUUAACAACAACAACAACGACAACAGACACCAUCACAAAUAGUACAGAUAGUCCAGCAACAUUACUUCAUACCGAAUGUGAUCAGUUAUCCAAUUCGAUAAAAGAUUAUGUUGUCUGUGUUUGCUCACACGACGAUCAGCAAGCAACAGUAUUACCUCCACCAGCAACAAAACGGAUGACAACUUUCUAUUUAAGUUCGAUUCCGAGUCGACCAACCAAACGAACAUCAUCUUUCGUCUCUGAACCAUUCAAACUAGAAGAAUUGCUGCGAGUAACUCAGAAUUUCAAAUCCAUACAUGAAUGUCCUUUUUGA